AUGUCGCAAAAGGCGAGAGACAUCGUGGAUAGGAUCAGGGGUAGAUUCAAGAGGAUGAUGUUGCGGAGGAGGAUGAGGAAGAAGUCCGAGUUUGGCGACUGGGGGAACAGCGGCCCCAUGGUACCUGAUCGUGCCACCGACGAUCAUAUCGCGGAUGUGGCGCCGGACGAGGUGCAAACAACUGCUAUUGCUGCUGCUGCUGGAGGUGAAGGCGGCGGCGGCGGCGGCGGCGGCAGUAGAAUCAUUAUCAACGAACCAGCGCCGAAUCUAAACGAUGUCCGCAUCGAGUAUCCGGAGCCCUACGACCUGGGAACCGUCCGGACUAGCGAGUUGGCACCGAACCUCAAUGAUGUCCGGAUUGCCAGUUUCGCGUCAAAUGACUUGAGGACCGCCGUCAUCGCCGUGCAUGAGCCUGAUCCAGAGCCAGAGCCAGAGCCUCAGCAGCGUGAGCCCGCAACUACUACGCGUGUGCCUCAGGUUCGGUUCCAGGAUGAUCACGAGGCGAGUUCAGAGUACAGCUCUUUACGGGACAGCGAGGAGCUUAUCCGGGGAAACAUGGGCACUCGGCCGGACGUCGUCAAGCCACUGAACAUCAAUCGAGAGAACCGACAGGAAGAGCCCUAUCUAUCAACACAUCUCGGGGUUCCACGAACCAAUGCGUAUCAAGUCUCCCCGGGCACCGAAAGACAUUCCGCGCUCAGCCAAACAUUCAAUUUCGAUCCCACGAGCAUUGAUCGUGUGGAUGAAAACAUCACUGAAAAUCCGCCUGUCACGCAUGAGACCGUUUUUCCUCAUGUCCACGAGAUCAGGGAGGAGCAAAUCUAUCGCGAUAUACACACAUAUGACCAUUACCAUUAUGUGCAACCAGUUUAUGAUCUCGAGGUGUUACCGGCACGGCACUUUGCUCCUGCUGCCGACGGUCAGUUGCGCGAAGUUUCGGCGCGGGAUUUGCCAGAAUGUACUGGGGCGAAUCAGAAAUGGUCCAUCAUGGAGAACGAAUCAGUGAAUGCCAAACGCCAAGCAGAAAUACCCCGUGUGAUAAAUUGA